AUAACCGUGCGCACCUCCUUCGAGUGUGGACGUAUACUGUAGCGUCUCUUACAUUUGUGCUUCUUUUUAAGAAAUCAUACACUCUAUCGUCUGAAUGAGAAAUAAUUGUGAUCGAAAGUGAUAGUGGGAACUUGUGUAGUAAGCGUGGUAUCCCAUAUUGUUUAUAAAAUCGAAAAAAAUAGUGUGAAAUCUGCUAGUUCAUCAUCAUGGAUUCCGACCCGCCACCUCCUCUUGCCAGACGAUUGGAGCGGUCCUGUAUUUAUUUCGUCCUGUUACUCUCACUUUUUUCUCUCUCGCCGGUUGAGUGUGGUCGCUGUGUGUGGUACGAAGAGUGCGGUACAAACGAGAGAGGGAAUCUCAAUUGUGGGUAUAAUGGCACUGCCAAAGCUAUCUCAGACAAGGGAAUUAAAAUCCUCACACAAACUUGUCCGGAGCUGGUAUCCGAAUUCAUGACGGACGAUGGAACUCUGAACACUUGUUGCGACGACAGACAAGCAGAAUCGAUGUCCAGAUCGUUGGAUAUGAUGAAGAUGUUCCUGGUGCGUUGCCCGGCCUGUAUGAGGAACAUCAGGAUACCUUUCUGUUACAUGACCUGCUCUCCACACCAGUCGGACUUCAUUGAACCUGUCCAGUAUGUCCCAGCUACUCGUCCGAACAAGAAGGGGGGAAACAUGCUUGUUGACUUGAAAUUCUACAUGUCCAAAGACUUUGUGGACAAACUUUACGCUUCUUGCCGAGACGUUGUCUCACCAUCAACAAACGACCGAGUUAUGGGUUUCUUUUGUGGUGACUGGGGUGCAGCUCAGUGCACAGGUGAAAGGCUGUUCAAUUAUUUAGGCGACAAAAAGAGCAAUGUUUACACCCCUAUCAACAUACAGUAUCGUUACUUGAAAACUCAAGACGAUGCUCCAGAGGGCAUUUUGCCUCUCAAUCAAACUGCACAACCGUGUCACGAAGAGUUUGAGGGGAGUGUAGCGUGCUCUUGUGCAGAUUGUCACAGUUCUUGUCCCAUUAUCCCGGACACGUGGGAUGCCCCUGGAGAGCCCUGGAUCAUGUUUGGUUACGAUGGUUUGGCCGUAGCAAUGGCCCUCACUGCUGUGCUCUUCUCUGUCUCCUUCCUGGUGGUCUUUGCCUACUGCCACAAACGCAAUAAGAGAUACACAGAGAGUGUCAAGCUGUUGAUUAUGCUCAUUAAGUUUAAAAGUGAGCAGAAGCAGCAGAAGCCCAAUUCAGCGGUGAUGGUAGAACGUAAGAUGCGUAAUCCGGAGGAGAUUCGAACAGCUGUUGGUCGUCGUCUAGCGCAUUUGUCUGAUCCUCAAGCCCAGUUUGCUGGGGAAGAUGAGAACUCGUUGCUGCAUGGAAAGCCAACAGCUGAUAUGCCAGAAGUUGUGAUGCACGAUGAACUGUCAAUGUCUGAACGAAUUACUAACUGGACUCAAACAACAGUUGAUCAUCUCUUUACCAAAUGGGGCACCUUGUGUGCCGGUCAUCCUUGGAAAGUUAUGGCUGUUGGACUGUGCGUUGCUGCAUCCUUGUGCGUUGGCAUACUCUUCCUUCAGAUUACAACAGAUCCGGUAGAUCUCUGGGCCUCCCCAAAUUCACGUGCUCGCAUCGAGAAAAAUUAUUAUGACGAAAACUUUGAGCCCUUCUUCCGCACAGCUCAGAUUUUCAUCCGGCCAAUUGGUUUUGAAAGCUUUGAGUAUAAGAAUGAUACGUAUGGUCCAGUGUACAACAUGACGUUCUUGCGAGAGGUUUUGAGGCUCCAGAAUUACAUUACAGAAGAGCUUGAAGCUGAAGUGGAUGGGAAAACUAUACGAUUAUUCGACAUUUGCAACAAACCAUUGGCACCAGAUAAUGAGAACUGCAAUAUUCAGUCUGUUUUAAACUUUUGGCAAAACAGUGAGGAGAAAUUGAUGAAGUCAAAUCCUCUAGAGGCAAAAUCUUGCAUUGGAAAUGCUUACCAAGAACAGUGCUUAGGAACUUACGGUGGCCCUGUACUGACCCAUGUGGCACUUGGCGGAUUUCUUGAGGGAAAUCAAACUCUAUCAGAAAAUCCCAAUUAUUUGAAGGCUGACACAUUAGUUAUCACUUUACCCAUCAAUAAUUACUUCAAUACAUCAUUAUUAGCACCAGCCCUGGCUUGGGAAAAAGUAUUUAAUGAAUAUAUGCUCAAGUACUCCCAUCCAAUGAUGGACAUUGCCUUCCGUUCAGAACGUUCUAUUGAAGAUGAACUUGUACGCAUGAGUAAAUCAGAUGUGCCAACAGUCAUCAUAUCUUACAUCAUCAUGUUCCUCUACAUCGCCUUAGCACUGGGUCAUACAAAUCAACUUUCACGGUUGUUGAUAUACACUAAAGUAACUCUUGGUCUUGGGGGCGUUCUCAUUGUGCUGGUGUCAGUUUUUGCUGCCAUAGGUUUUUACGGCUAUGUUGGAGUCCCUUGCACUAUGCUCAUCAUUGAGGUAAUUCCAUUCCUUGUCCUGGCUGUGGGCGUUGACAACAUUUUUAUUCUGGUUGAAGCUUAUGCUGGUUUAGAACGGACAGAAGAGGACACACGAGCGAGUUUAAUUGGCAGAGCUGUUGGUGCUGUUGGCCCUUCUAUGCUGUUGUCUUCAAUAUCUCAGUCUUGCUGUUUUUUCCUUGGUGCCUUGUCUGAUAUGCCAGCAGUGCGGGCAUUCGCCAUGUAUGCAGGGAUGAGCUUGUUGAUCAACUUCAUACUGCAAAUGACCCUCUUUGUUGCACUCUUUUCAUUGGAUGUAGCAAGAGAGGAGGAUAAUAGAUUCGAUGUUUGCUGUUGCAUACGACAAAAUAAAGUGGAAAAGGACCCUGACAGCCGCUUUUUGCAUAAGUUGUUUGAGACAACGUAUGCACCUUUCUUAAUGAGGCCAUGGGUACGAGCUGUAGUGAUUGUGAUUUUCAUGUUUUGGCUAUGUGCAUCUGUGGCCAUGGUUCCACACAUAGAGGUUGGAUUGGAAGAAGAACUUUCUAUGCCAGAUGAUUCUUAUGUUCUUAAAUAUUUUGAGUAUUUGGAGAAAUAUGGCUGUGUAGGAGUUCCAGUCUACUUUGUACUCAAGGAUGGGUACAAUUUUACUGAUUAUAACAUGCAAAACAAGAUAUGCUCUCAUUUAGGAUGUAAUAAAGAUGCACUUCUGAUUCAGUUGAAGCUGGCUUCACAAAUUCCAAACAGAACAUACAUUGCAGUGCCAUCGUCUGCCUGGAUUGAUGAUUAUUUUGAGUGGUCAAUGGAAGGAAAAUACUGUUGCCAGGUGGAUGAGAAUGGCAACUUUUGUAGACGGGAACCAGAAGAUACUUAUUAUGAUUUUAUUCCUGAUGAGAGUACUAAUAGUCCUAGUGAUGAAAAAGUGUCUCAUGUACCAGAAGGUCCUAAUUUCCUUGAUGUCUAUGAUGAUGUCAAUAAUUAUGAUUAUGUGUAUGGGGAUCCAGAUUUCGAAUAUGCUGAUGAUGGUACACCUCAAGAAACUAAAGGGACGAAGAAAGCAUUUGAAGAUGAUAAAGAUGAUUAUACAUACACAUACGGAGACAUGACCUAUGAUUAUGAUGGACCACUAAGGAAGCCAAAAGGUCCAUCUAAUAAGAAGCCACAAAGUACUCCUAGGACUCCUUAUGGAGAAAUGUCUGGAGAUGAUGGGUGGCCGGAUUAUAUUGAAAGAAAAUCAACAACAAAGAGAUCUCUCAAGAAACGUGCAUCCAGAUCAAAUUGUCAUCCAUGUAAUAUUACUUCCGUGCAUGGUAAUCCCUUUAGACCUAAUCCUGAAGUUUUCAACCAGUAUGUCACCAUGUUUCUGAAAGAUAAUCCUGAUUUCAAAUGUCCUAAGGCUGGGCAUGCUGCAUAUGGACAGAGUGUGAAGGUGAAGUAUGAUGAAUCUGGAAAUCCAGUGACUGGUGCAAGCGUGUUCAUGACAUACCAUACAGUUCUGCGGAACAGCAGACAGUUUUACGAGUCACUGCGAUCUGCUCGUGCCAUUGCAGAUAACAUCACUCGCACACUGAAUCUCGUUGAAAAGGAUGGGAAGCUGGUUCCUAGUGGAGAAACUAAAUAUGAAGUGUUCCCUUACAGUGUGUUCUACGUCUUUUAUGAGCAGUACUUGACAAUAUGGGAAGAUACUGUGCGAAUGUUGGGCAUUUCCGUGUUGGCUGUGUUUGUGAUAACACUCUUCAUGAUGGGAUUCGAUUUUGCUUCUUCCAUAAUCAUCAUGGUGAUGGUUGUCCUUAUCCUGACAAACAUGGGAGGCCUCAUGUACCUUUGGGACAUUUCAUUGAAUGCCAUCUCACUUGUGAACCUAAUAGUAGCAAUUGGGAUCUCAGUAGAAUUCUGCUCUCAUACUACCAGAGCCUUUGCUGUUAGUGAAGCUGACACAAGAAUUCAAAGAGCGCAAGCAGCCUUAGUACGGAUGGGCCCAUCUGUAUUAUCGGGAAUUACUCUCAGUGAUAUGGGAGUAGUGGUGCUUGCAUUUGCUAAUUCUAAGAUAUUCCAGGUGUUCUACUUCCGUAUGUAUUUUGGGAUGGUCAUCAUUGGUGCUUUACAUGGCUUGAUACUCCUGCCAGUUUUGUUAAGUUUUGUUGGUCCUUACCGCAAAGUUGUUCGCAGUUACCUUCCAGAUAGGGCUGCUAAUCCGAGUGGAUCUGUUCAGAUGGAAGAUAUGGUGGGUGAUGAUCAAGAGAGGCAGUGCUUGACUGGCAAACAUACAGCAAGUAUCAAUAAUAUUCCAAAAGCCAGUGCUAGUUCCAGUAGUAUAACUUCAAAUACUCCAAGUAAGAAAACAGUCCUCACUAAUAACCAGAUGAGGAAAUCGCCGAAAAAGGGAAGUCAUAUGUCCCUAAAUCAUAACUCUGAAGAAGUUGAGGACUUGAAUCAGAAAAAUACCCCAUCAAGGCAUUCAAAUACUCCGUCUUUUCAUUCUAUCCAUUCUAACACACCAUCACGACAGUCUUUAGCAUCCAGGCACUCUUUAGCAAAAAAUGCUGAGGAUUUAGAAGAAUUAGAGUGAUGUGAUUUUGUAAUGGCAUCUUGAAUGUGUGCAUUUGUGAUGGUGUUCACAACUCUUUUUAAGUGUCUUUGUAUAUGAUGUGAUUUUUUUGUUAAGUCAUAGAAGUGCUUCCUAACAUUUAGUGCUACAAGGAAAGGCUUCUUAAAGAUAUAUAUUUACAUAGUGCUGUGCUGUUUGAUAUUGUCAGUAAUAAAAUUGAAAUGGAUGACAAUGAUACUCAGGGCCUGUGUGACCCUGUGAUCUAGUCCUGAACAUCUUGAUACCAGCGAUACAACACCAAGCUGUAGAGUUUAUAAGGCUCCCAUCAAUAUUCUGCCAGAUUCUUCAUUCCCAUGCCUUUUAUCCUGUCCUGUAGAGGAGGACAUUUUCAUGUAUUUGCUUCUAAAUAUGGCCCUCUUGUAGUUUCUUCCUAGUCAUUGAACAAUUUUACUGAGGGGUUGCAUAUAAAAUUAGUUCUUGAUUUUCAGCUCAUUUGUGGUUUCUUUUGGGCAUUCGUUGUUUUCCAAAUCUGAAGCAUUUAAGAGGCCCUUGGCAUAUCAUGAGGUCUCCAAAAUUUUUACAACUUUAAGCAAUUUCCGAUGGGAUGUCUCCAAUAUUGUUAGAUAAACAGAAGUAAAUGAAAAAGUGUGGCUUUUUAGCAGCUACUAAGUAGCUAUGAUAAGGUAAUAAGCUGUAAAAUUGUAUUGAAUUACAGCUUUAAGUAGGUGCCACACUAUUAUCAUACUACUUCUUAAAUCCUUUGUCUCUGUGUGGAAGUUGGUGUAAGAGAGAAUACCAUGCUCAUUAAUACACAAAAGUUUGCUUUUGAGUUUGGAAAUUAUUUCAAGUGUUCUCCCAGCCUUAUUUUGAACAACUCGGGUGCUUUAUUGGGAGUGCUACUAAGUAUACAGCAAACAGUUUUGUUCUCUUUUUUGAGGAGAAUGAGAUAAUGCAACUGGAAACUUUGUUUUAGCUGUGGGAGAUUGUACAAUCUGACCUGGUUUGUUUUGCACUAAGCAAUUAACCUAAAUACAUGUAGCUGGUACCUACCAUGUUAUAUCUUACCUUUUUCAUUCUUUUCCUAUUUGAAAUUAACAUUUUAACUUUAAACUUUCCAUAAACAUUCCAGCUCCAUUAUCAGAGUUCUAGAUAAAGAAAAUUUUCAUAUAUCAUUUGACUCAGCUUGGUUUGGGGAUAUUCUUGCUCAAUGUGACUCCCUAUGAAAGUUAAGUUUUUGUGUUCCUAUUUCUGUUUCAUUUCUUGUUACUUUUUUCAUUAUUAUUAGCAUCAGCCAUGACAUACAUUUCAGUUAUUCAUUUUAUUAACUGUAUCAUACAGUCUACAGUGUAUUUUAUAUUGGGUGCAGUGUUGGUUCACCUAAUCAAGACUGCCAGAGAAUUUUUUUAUGCUGUGAUAUACACGUUACAAUCAACUUACAUUUGUUUGUAAGUUCAGGAUAGUAUCAACACUUUUGACUCCUGUUUCAGAUAAUUUAUAAUAACAAGUAUGUAGUUUAUUCUUUGGAUAAUACUAACUUAGAGAAAAACACAUUUAAUUCCUGUUACUGUACUUUUCGUGUAUAGUACAGAAGAUUUAUUUAUAUUGCUCAUGUUUGACUUUAACAGUCCCAAAAAUAGUCCUAAGACCAACAUUGGUUCUGAUAUGUCACAACCUUUCAUUUUCUUGAGGUAAAAGAGCAGUUAUGAAUUUAGACAUUAUAUAUACUGUAUAUAUAUAUAUAUAUACACUAGGAUGAAAUCUGGAUCAUCUGUGCCAAUAGGUGGCACAAUGAAGUUCUUGUUAGGGGAAAACCAGUGUACUUAACGAGUCAAGUCUUGAUUAAUGAAUACAUCAAGCUUUGAUUUGUUAAGUAACUUUGAAGCCAUGUAUAUUGUUUGUAAAUAUCACUUGUCAUUUCAUGAUUAAAAUAUAUUUUGUUUAUGAUGAUGUCAUUUUAUGUUGAAUAAUAUUGUACAUGCCAAAAAUAUUGUAUCAACGUUACCACCAUCCACCAUCAUACCACUAUUGUGCCCACGUGUGAAGAUCUUCAAGUAUUGCCACAUCUAUCUGUUGUCAUACCUGAGAUCUGACACAAUUGCUGGAACACAUCUGAAACUUCCCUUAGUCUUAGUCUCAUGUUGUAAAUAUCUUCUAUCAGUGAAAGUUUCAGAUGUGUUACCUUUAUCUGUGCCUGAAAGAAUUUUGUAUUUUCACACUUAGCUGGCUUUUUAUGCUAAGAGUAAUUAUUCUGUAUCAUUUGUCCUUUAGUGUAAGGAAUUUUCAGUGGAGUAAUAUGAGAGCUUUGUUUGAUCGUGUUGUCAUCAGUAGGAUAUAAUGUCUAGAAUUGAUUCUCUUGGAUAAAACUGUUCGUAAAGCUAGCAAUAAAUGCUGUCGUAAAAGAGAGAAAAAGGAAAUUGAAAUCUGGGGGCUGCAGUCAUCAGUUUUGUACCAUAAUCUUGAAUUGAUGUAAACAUGAAUAAUGAAAGCUUAAUGUUGUCAACUUUAAUUGCAGCCAUUUUGAACAAAGUAAGUGUAUUGCCAGUUAAUAUAGUACUAUAUUGCAGAAUAGCUAACAAAGUCCCUCCCUGUACUCAAGUCUGUGUGGAUUACUUUGAUUACCUUAUGUGGUUCUCAAAGAGCUUUAAUUGUAGUCAGCAUUCACAUAAGCCCAUAGAAUUUUUAUUCAGAACACUGAUAGGCCAUAUUCCCCAAUCCUCUUUUUUUUAAAACAUAUUUAUUUUUCUAUUCUGCUACUGAAGUAGACUUACAAAGAAUUUGAAGGAUCUUGCUUAUUAAAAGGCUUCGUAGACCUAGACUUGGUUAAGUGCAGUAAGACCUCCAGUGUAGUUUCAAAUCCAGUUGUGCAUAAUGUCACUUAUUUGUUUUAGUCUUCUUUUAACCAGAAUGAAACUUGUUUUCUUAUUUAUCAGUACAUUAGCGACAUAGAACUGAAAAUUAUAUAAAUGGAGAAUUCAGUGGUAUAACCUUUGCAUGAGCAGUAAUUGAAGUAUGUAGUUGUUAGGGUCAUAGUCAAAAUGUCUGAAUGAUCUGAAAAAGACAUUCACCAUUGUAUCAUAUUUUUUAUACGUAACGUGGUGGAUUUAGCAGCAAAAAUGAGGCACUUAUAUUACUAUUUCAUUUGGCACAAUGACGAAUGCCAGCAGCCUCUGAAUGUAUGCAUAACCGUCCAUGUUGAUGUAAUAAUCAUGGGUUUAGAUCUAGGGUGGAAAAACACCUGAAACAUUCUUGUCUGUAUUGAACAAAAACACUGAUCAAACCAUUACAGUAGUGCUGAUUAGAUCGACUGCUUUAAACCUACAACCCAAUGCUUAAGGAUCAUUAACAUAAACCAUGUAAUAAGAAUAUCUUAGGGAAAGAUCGUAGAGCAGUGAUAACAGUUUUACUAUAAGCAUUCAGUAUGCAGCUCGAAAGUUGCUUAGAACUCUAUAUUCGAAUGAAAAUAAACAGAAUCUAUCUGACAUGGAGAGGUCUUACUGUAGCUCAUCAUUAGUUUGUUGCCCAGUAUUCAGUUCUCAUUAUCAGGAACAUGUAAUUGCACAAGUAUUCCUAUUUAAGUAUGCGGUGUUUUUUAUAUUGACUCAUGAAUAUAGUGCUUAAUAAUGGGAAUUAAAUAUCACAAAUAAUAGACAUCAGAUAUUUUUCAAAACUGGCAGAGUUAAGGGUUUAGAAGCUGUGGAUUUGUUCCCAUCCAGAAAAUUGAAAAUUGUUUAUUAUUAUUAUUGUAGGAAUAAGGUGUAAGAUAGUACAGGUAUAACAAGACUAGUGAUAUAGAAUUGUAAGCUGUCACAGAGUUGGUCAAAAGUUACACAAAAUGUAUGAAAGAAUAAUCUUGGAAUUGUAUGAGGUUUUGGUAAGAUUUUCCCUGGAACUUUUUUAUUGAAAACGUUUAUAACUACGAGGUUUAAAAGAAAAUAUGUAUUCUAUCAUUUUCUCUUUGAAAUUAUUGUAACUAUAGUACAAAGUUGUAACUAUAGUACAAAGACUUACAGUAAUUUAUAAUUUCCAAAACUCAGCUAUGGAAAAUUCUAUUGUUCUAUGGAGGAAAGUUACAUCACUGAUUCAGAAAUGUUUUAUUCAGUUCCUUUUACUGCGGGAGGCUUUAUUGCGCUCUAUCAUUCCUUUUCACCUGAACUUUAUUUUUUAUGUAUUUGACAAAACUAGAAAAGUGUGAAACAUUUUCCCAACAUUUUUGGUUAGGUAUUUUUACAGGAUUAGCUGGUAUAGGUGGAAAAUAAUAGGUGAAACUAUGUUGUUUCAGUUCUUGAAUCAUGAAGACUGUAUUUGGUAACAUAGUGGAUUACAGCUUUUGAAAGUAUCUGUAACCCUUGAUAUCUGCCCUUGUGGUCAAAAUACUUAUGACUUUUCUUUGUCAUAGAUUACUACUUGGAAAAAUCUCUCCCAAAAUGUGCAGUUCUGAUAAAAAAUGAUACAAAUCUUGAACAGUUUAUCAAUUAUCAAGGAAACCCAUGGGUACUUGAACCAGAUUGCCAUUUUACAGGUAAAUUUUUUUCAUAUAAUCACAACUAAGUUAACUGCUAUAAAAAACUUUUAUAUGAAACAGGUCCAACUGUUAAUUAUCAUGUGUUUGUAUUGUAUAUAAUAUAGUUACCUAAAACAGUCAUUCUUGGCCCUAGAUUUUACAUGAGUCAUUUGUAAUUGUUAAUUGUUAGGUGAGUAGGAUUAAGUUUGUGGUCUUGUGAUCAACCUAAGUCUUUUUCAAUAAAACUGAGGAAAUAUAUAA